AUGGUGGAGAUCAUCAUGCACCCGGUGGCCAUGGCGCUCUACGUCGGCGCCGACCCCUACAAGCCGAUUGUCGACAAGGUGCAGGCCGGUGUUGAACUCGUUUGCUGUACGUCAUUCGUAGGCGUCUCGACACCCCCGCCCGGUGUCGGGACGCCUCGCCCGCGAGACUUCCGACGACGACGGAUACUCGUCGAUAGGUGAGUGCGAAACGUUUUUUUUCCGUCCGCAGAUUCGCGCGGGAUUUUUCCGCGACUUCCCGCUGAGCCAUCGCGCCCAGCACGGCAACUACUUAAAGUACGUGCGCGAGCACGGCGUCUCCUCCGGCCUCUACUACGCGAUGGUCCACAAGGCCUACGGCCACCGGCUCCACCCCAAGACGCUCGAGAAGCUCGUCAACUUCAAGUGGAUGCAGACGGACCACCUCAACUCCAAGCUCUGCGACGACCCCGCCAACUUCUUCUUACUCUUCGCGCCCGUGAACAAUUUCUUCUCGUUCGAGAAGUUGUUCCACUACAAGAAGGAGUGGUCCGGCGACGCCUACCGCGCCGUCGUCCGCUUCGAGCACGCGGCGGUCGAGUUGCAGUACCCGUCGCGGUUCGCCUAGGUCGCUCCACUUAACAGUAUUCAUUGACACAUAAUAAUCUCCUUCGCGAUGCCAAGACAGGCUUUGAAAGCGAAGGGCAGAGGAAG